CGGGAACUCAAGGUCACGGAGGCAAAGAGGGACAUUUGAGCUAUCUACUGUGCCGAAGAAUUAUGAAUCAGCUUGAGCAAGAUUUGAGGACUAAACCGAUUUGCCUAAUUGUCCUUGGUAUGGCUGGUUCAGGCAAAACGACAUUUGUAAAGAAGCUAACUGAGUAUUUAACAGUUUCAUCAAAUUCGUCGUAUACAAUUAAUUUAGACCCAGCAGUUUAUCAUAUUCCGUACAAUCCUAACAUUGAUAUUCGCGAUACUGUCAAGUUUAAAGAGGUUAUGAAACAAUAUGGUUAUGGACCAAAUGGAGCUAUUAUGACAUCGUUGAAUUUCUUCGCCUCACAAUUUCAUAAAGUUGUGGAUAUAAUUAACAGCAACUCCGGAAAGGUUUCCUAUGUAAUAAUCGAUACACCUGGACAGAUUGAAGUGUUCACAUGGUCUGCUUCAGGAACUAUUAUUACAGAACUGUUAGGCAAUUCUUUUCCUACUCUAAUUAUAUACGUAAUGGAUACUCCACGAAGCCACAAUCCUAUCACAUUCAUGUCUAAUAUGCUCUAUGCUUGCAGUGUAUUGUAUAAAAUGCGACUUCCGUUUAUAUUAGUUCUCAAUAAAACUGACAUUAUAGACUGUGAUUUCGCCAUUCAAUGGAUGAGGGACUUUGAAGCAUUUCAAGAUGCUCUAGCUGGUCAUCAAUCAACUGAUGGACCAUCUGAAAUGGAAGGUGAUAAUCCUUGUCCUGGGACAUCACCAUACAUGAAUAGUCUGGUUCAUUCUAUGUCAUUAGUGUUAGAUGAAUUCUAUAGUACUUUGCGUUGUUGUGGUAUCUCGUCGAUAACUGGUGAAGGCAUGAAAAAGUUUGUGGAAGAGAUUGAUGAAGCGAAAGAAGAAUACUUUAAGAUCAAUCUUCCGAGUUUGUAUGCUAAGCAAGAAAAAAACAAGCAGGAUUCAAGUGAUAAAUCUAGUAAGUCUCAUUCAUCCAAACAUGGAUCAAUGCUUUUGGAUUUGGCUGGUAAUGAUGACGAAGCUGAAAAUGAUCCGCUACCUGAUGUUGAUGGUAUAGAAAUUCGUCCACACAGUGAUUCAGAUGAUAACGAUGAUGAUGAUGAAUUUUUAGAAUCAAAAGAUCUCACAUCUAUUCAAAGUAGGUUUCAGUUAACUAAUCAAAAUUUUAAAUGAUAACAAAGCGCUUAAUCUUAAAAAAGUUCAUUCUGAGGAGAUUGUCUAUCAAGUUAUGAGAUUUCAUAUUGUGCCACUUAUUUACUCUCAUAUUUGUUAUAAUCCAUUGUUUUAUGUUAAUCGAAGCGCCCCCAAAUGCCUUGGUACGACCGAGAGUGGGGAGAGUCCGUUCUCCCUCUCGAAAUACUCUCACACGGCCACGCGUAUAUAGCCUCUGCCAGGGAAGUCCCACUCAUUGCCUUCUCGUGGCGGGGGUGUUGUUUACGAAAAUGAGAGGACGAAAAGCAAAUGUCCGGCGCUUUAACCGGAUCCCAAACCAAAUCAGUGGUGCACAUGGGCUCCAGUAUCCUGCGGGAACAAAUGGCGUAUGAACCAAUUGUUGGUCACCGGCUACCAUGGGACUGCAUCUUCGUACGUUGCUCUUCUGCCUUGUGGAUCAGACCUUCAGGUUAAAGGCUCGGGGAGUGGCCCUCUAAGAUAACCACCUGUUCCGGUUUGGGCACCCGGGCAGUAUCACAUCCCUCACACAUAUCGAAUGAGAUUUGUGUGGUGCAUAUGUAUUUGGUGCCUUCUUGUACCAAUAUCUGUGUGUUAAAAUAAAAUAAUGAUCGAAGCUAUUCUACAGUACUACUGUGUUGUCAUCCGAAAAUUUUAAUAUGGAAUUUAUCGUCAACAAGCUUCCUUCUAUAAUACACAUAGAUUUUAAUUAGUUGUAAUAUGUGUAAUCUCAUGGUCGGAUAGAUUUUCUGCUUAUUUAGAGAUUGUUUCUUUGAGAUAUUUCAAUCUCAUAUAUAGAAACAUCUUAAUCCCUUGCCAAAUUUCCUUAUGAAUUCACAUUUUUCAACUGCUUGUUUCUUCCUCUACUUGGUUGUAUGUUGUUGAAUAAAUAAUAAAUCAAGAGUAAGGCAAAUAUAAUACAUGACACUAAGUGAUAAAGCACAUACUAGAGUUGAGAAUGUAAGACGGUGGGCCUGGACAGUAGUUUAGAAAUUGAUGUCUUUACCAAUAAUCACUCCUUAGCCCUAUUAUAUUCCAAUGUAACAAACAGGACAACCGGUGUGAUGUUCAAUUGUGCCUACCUAUUUGGAAAAUUUUGUUUAUUUAUUUAAACAUAUAAAUACUGGUAUAAAUACACACCAAAAUGUAUAUGCACCACACAAAUCAUUGAAUUUAUGUGUGAGCUGGAAUACUGCUCAAGUGUCUAAACCAAAAUAGGAGGUUUUCUUAGGGGACCAUCACUCAGUUUCUAACCCAGGGAUCUGAUCCACAAGUUAGUGAAGCGAUGUUAAGAGGUGCAGUUUCAUGACACCCAGGGACCAACAAUCAGUAUUCGAUCUCUCAGGAUCCUGAAGUUCAUGUGAACCGUUAGUUUGGAAUCAGAGUAUUCCAACUCCCUUAGAUGUACUCUCCAUAUCCACCAACCUGGUUUAAGCAUUGGAUAUUCGCUUUUCGUCCUCUUAAUCUCGUAAACAACAACUCCAUGAGAAGGUAGUGAGUAGGACUCCCGUUUCAGUGGCUUUCUAUAUAUGCGUUGCCACAUGUGAGCAUUUCAAGAAGGAGCAGACACUCUCCUCCCUCAGCCGUACCAGGGCAUUCGGAAAACUCGGAGGCCUCAGUACUAGCGUUCCGCUGAAUAUUAAGGUGUUUUUUACCCGUUUGUAAUAGAAAGCCUACCACAAAAUGUGAGUUCUGUUUCCCAAUUGAUAACUAAAUCGUCAGCCUCAAAUUUGAAAAUCAUAAUUUUGAAGUGUAGUAUAAAAAAACAUCAUCACAUACAAGAGAAACGGAGAUUCGAUUCUACCAAAAACAGGGCGUGUGAAACGUCUGAAAUCAUGGUAUCACAAUUUUCUUCAUCCGUAUAGGGUUGUCAAGAUUAUUAAGUUUUUAACUGAGAUCAUGAACCGAUUGAUGCUAGACCACCAUUGAAAACCUGGAAGCACUUGACGGCCGUUUCGUCCUACCGUGGGGAUCCUCAUCAGUGCGUAAACACGGUACCGCUCGCUGGAUUCGAACCCAGACCCUUCACUCUCGCGCGCAAAUGCUUAACGAUUAGACCACUGAGCCGGCAUUCAACGGUGUUAAUGUCUAAUUUCAACCAAUCUACGAAAUUGCGCGACCAUCUUCCAUUGUUUAAUAUCAGUCGGUUCAUGAUCUCAGUCACAAUUUUCCUAGUGUACGUUAAGCUGUAGAUUUCAAGUUUACUGCUUCAAAUGUUUAUCUUAAUUGCACGUUUGCUUUGUUCCAGAAUUCAUACCACUUAACUUUUUUCUGGUUAACGUUUUUUUAGCGAGUUAGUUUUCUACGGGAUGGGGUCGCUUAUUUCAUGUCCAACCCUCCCCCUUUAACCGGACUUGGGAACCGGCAGUAGUCCUAGAGGGGCUACAGGCGGAGUUAUACCAUUUAAUAGCAAUACCUAUAACAUAAAACUUCAAAUAGUAGUAUUUAUUAUUAUCAUCAUCAUACUGAUAUGUUUGUUUAUUUUGUUUAAAUUUAGAUAAAUUUCAACAAUCAUGCUCUGUUGAUCCUGUUCCUUCUAUGAAUUGUGAAAAUUAAUUCCUUCUAUAAAUGGAAAUAAUUAUUUUGUACAAAAUAUAAAUAUUUUUUGUUGCUGA